CCACGUUCAGUGCCAAGGCUUGUCCGUUUGGGAGCUCCGGCAACAGAUGGUGGCAGUGGCGUCUACCUACGGCACAAAUCUGACAGGGAGGAGACUCAAAUGGGGGUGUCCGGAAUUGUGAAUAGAGUUGGUUGUCUAACGAUGGACCGGAAGAAGACUUUGUCAGUGCAACUCCAUUGAUAAUUUCUUGGCUAGUCUUUUAGAAUUUUAUCCUUUUUUUCUUUGUUUUCCAAAGAAGGCCGCAAAAGCCUCGAACUGGAUUUGUCGACACACUGGGCUCAGUUGCAAGAGGGCAUCUCUGGGAUUGCUCGGAAAGUCUCGUAAAAUAUGUCUGCUGGAAUGUGACAUUUUGAAGACGUAACACGGUCAUUUUGAAGAGACUGUUUUAUUUACUUGGUACCACAAAGUUGAAUUGAUGAGGAGCAGAGAAAAGUUAACGAACCGAGCUAACAUGCUAUAAUGCUAGUUGGCUACUUAGCAUCGAAACUCUGGCAUGUUGAAUGAAUGAAUGGACCAGCUGCUUUAAACUAAGAGCGGCUUUUGUUAGGACGAGAAUAUAUCGACUGUUACAUACGCCCAGUCUGACUUUCCACUAAAAGGCAAAGCUUUUGGCUGUUUGGUCUCCGGCUGCUGCUUUACUUAGCCACAAAUGGACAGGAAUGCAGUUCCUGGGAAUUGGUGGAGAGCGGCGUUUUAGGACGCAAAGAUAAUGUGCUUGUACUGAGUGCAGCCUGGUAAUGUUUAUGAGGCCGAGGGAGGCUAACCUCAGCUAGCUAUAUAUAUUUGCACUACUUGGAUUUGGCUGCUAUCGUGUGAAGCUUCCGCUCAGUUUGGAAUGGGGAAUACGGUGUCAUGCUGCGUGUCUCCGGAGUCGAGCCCCAAACUGCCAUCGAGACUGCCGGCAGAGCGGCUGGAGGAGUUCCAGACCAGCACCGAAGUGAGCGACGACACUGUGCCCUACCUGCAGCACAUAAGCGACAGAGAGGUCCCUGAUGAGCUGGCCUUGGAGUCUAAUCCAUCGGACCACGCCCGAGCAAGCACCAUUUUCCUUAGCAAGUCCCAGACAGACGUACGAGACAAGAGGAAAAGCAACCACAUAAACCAUGUCAGUCAUGUGUCCCCUGGUCCACUCUCAAAGAAAUACAGCUCCUGUUCAACCAUCUUCAUAGACGACAGCACCGUCAGCCAGCCAAACCUCAAAAGCACAAUCAAAUGUGUCACUUUAGCAAUAUACUACCACAUCAAAAACAGGGACUCGGACAGGUCACUGGACAUCUUUGAUGAGAAGUUGCACCCCUUGUCGAGAGAGCCGGUGCCUGAUGACUACGCAUAUGUAGACCCAGAACACAAACUGAUCUACCGCUUCGUCAGGACACUGUUCAGUGCUGCACAGCUGACUGCAGAAUGUGCCAUUGUCACUCUUGUGUACCUGGAGCGCCUGCUGACCUACGCUGAGCUUGAUAUCUGCCCCGCCAACUGGAAGCGUAUUGUCCUGGGAGCCAUCUUACUGGCUUCUAAAGUCUGGGAUGACCAAGCUGUGUGGAAUGUCGACUACUGCCAGAUCCUAAAAGACAUCACUGUGGAGGACAUGAAUGAGAUGGAGCGCCACUUCCUGGAACUUCUGCAAUUUAACAUCAAUGUGCCGGCCAGCGUCUACGCCAAGUACUACUUUGACCUGCGACAGCUGGCCGAUGACAACAACCUCAGUUUCCCUCUGGAACCCCUCAACAACCAGCGUGCCCAGAAACUAGAGGCCAUUUCAAGACUAUGUGAAGACAAGUACAAGGACCUCAGUCGAGCCACAAUGAGGCGAUCUCUCAGCGCAGACAACCUGAUAGGUAUACGACGCUCCAAUGCUGUGCUCUCAUAGACUGCUGCCCUCUGACCUCCAAAGUUCAGCUAACCCACAGCCAGCCCCAGAAAGCAUUACCCACAGAGUUAUCAGGCAAGGACAAAAUGCCACUGUAUGACCUGUCCACACGGUAAUUUACAUUACAGCUGUAGACGUGCGUGAUUGUUAAAUUAAAGGUGUUUACCUUAUCUGAAGCAUUA